UCUUCUCUUCUCCUUUUUCCCAGCCCUUAAAGAGUUUGGGGAUGAGGCAGGCACCUCGUGCAACGUUUGGCUCUCUCCUUCUCUCGCUCGCCCCAGCUCCUCACCCUUCUAAGCCAAAGCUGGACGCCGGGGCCAGAAGUCUGGCAAAGCCUUCACCCAGGGAUUUGGUCUGGGAGCUGCGAGCCAGUCGGAGCGACAGAGAAGCCAUGGAAGCAGCCGGGAACGAGGAAAUCAGUGUUGAAGAUGAAGCUGUGGAUAAAAACAUUUUCAGAGACUGCAGCAAGAUCGCUUUCUACAGGCGUCAGAAACAGCAGCUCUCCAAGAAGUCCACCUAUCGGGCAUUACUAGACUCAGUCACAACAGGUGAAGAAAGCAUCAGGUUCCAAAUCAUCAAUGAAGCAACUAAGGUUCCUCUCCUGGCUGAAAUUUAUGGUAUAGAGGGAAACAUUUUCAGGCUUAAAAUCAAUGAAGAGACCCCCCUGAAACCCAGGUAUGAAGUUCCCGAUGUCCUCACAAGCAAACCAAGUACUGUAAGGCUGAUUUCAUGCUCAGGGGAUACAGGAAGUCUGGUAUUGGCACAUGGAAAAGGAGAUCUGAAGUGCUGUAUCACUUCAAACCCAUUCAAAGUAGAGUUGGUGUCUGAGAAAGAGGUUGUGAUGAGCAUAAAUUCCCUGGGCCAGUUAUACUUUGAGCACCUACAGAUUCCUCACAAACAAAGGUUUGUCAGAUUUAACGAGUAUACCAGUGUGGUGCAGGAUGUCAAUAGUAGAGGAGAUUGUGCAUAUGAAAAUCAGGAGGAUCUGGGCCUGUGGGAAGAGAAAUUUGGAAAAUUUGUGGAUGUCAAAGCUAAUGGUCCUGCCUCCAUUGGUUUGGAUUUCUCUUUGCAUGGAUUUGAGCAUCUCUAUGGGAUCCCACAACAUGCAGAAUCACACCAACUUAAAAAUACUAGUGAUGGAGAUGCUUACCGUCUUUAUAACCUGGAUGUCUAUGGAUAUAAAAUACAUGACAAAAUGGGCAUUUAUGGUUCAGUGCCUUAUCUUUUGGCCCACAAACUGGGCAGGACCUUAGGCAUUUUCUGGCUGAAUGCCUCAGAAACACUAGUGGAGAUCAAUACAGAGCCCACAGUAGAGUAUACACUGACCCAGAUGGGCCCAAUUGCUGCUAAACAAAAGGUGACAUCUCGAGCUGAUGUGCACUGGAUGUCAGAGAGCGGAAUCAUUGAUGUUUUUCUGCUGACAGGACCUACACCUUCUGACAUCUUCAAGCAGUACUCACAACUCACAGGCACACAAGCCAUGCCUCCUCUCUUCUCCUUGGGGUACCACCAAUGCCGCUGGAACUAUGAAGAUGAGCAGGAUGUAAAAGCAGUGGAUGCAGGAUUUGAUGAACAUGACAUUCCUUAUGAUGUCAUGUGGCUGGACAUAGAGCACACUGAGGGCAAGAGGUACUUCACCUGGGACAAAAAAAGAUUCCCAAAUCCCAAAAGGAUGCAAGAGCUGCUUAGGAACAAAAAACGUAAG